AUGAAAUUCAUCAGUACUCUUGUUUCCCUCCUCGGCCUUGCCGCCGCCGUUCCCACCAGCGGCCCCAAGCCGUCCAAGGUCAAGAUCAACGGCCUCAGCCUCCUCGGCAGCGGCUGCCCGGCCGGCACGGCCGACGUCCAGGUCGAUGCCAGCGGCACCCUGUUCGAGGCGACCUUUUCCGCCUACGAGGUGCAGACCGGCCCGGGCACCAAGGCCAUUGACUGGCGCAAGAACUGCAAGCUCACCCUCAACAUGGAGUUUGACCAGGGCUACCAGUUCUCCAUCCUCGACACCGACAUGAUUGGCUUCGCCGAGAUCCCCAAGGGCGCCAAGGGACAGUGCACCAACACUUUCUCCUUCACGGGCAACGGCGCGCAGCACGUCGACUACGGCAUCAGCCUGCCCGGCCACUACAGCGGCUCCUUUGAUCUUCAGAGCCGCCCCGGUAUCGAGUCCUGGUCCCCUUGCGGCGGCAGCACCGCCAUCCUCAACAUGAACACUGCCUGCAACAUCAGCCCGACUCACCUUCCUGCCCUCAUUGCUGUUGACCACAUUAGCGGCAAGCUCACGGUCAAGUUUGGCGUCCAGUGGAGAUACUGCCCCAAGCACUAA